CACCUGGUCCCUUCCAGAGGUCACAUAUCUGAUCCAUUCAUGUCGAGAGAGGCAAUCGGGGUAUCCUGGUGAGGUGAUGCAGGAACGUGUCGAGAGCGGCUGAAGUGCGUUGUGGUGAGCCUAGAUGGGCCAAUUGAUGGCGCUGCAGGAUGGAGCGUAGCUGCUGCCUAACCGGAGGGGCUGAACAGACGGCCACCGGCAGCGCUCAUGGAUAGCACAGGUGCGCACAGAGAGAGCAGCCGCUGCCUCCUGUCCAUGCAUGCCGUCUGAUCUGCUGCCGAUUCGAUUCUUCCGUUUGAUUCCCAGACAAACCUCCCUCCAUCUCCCGUGUGGUGUGCCUGUCCGUAGUCAUGUUUGCGGACGCCCAUCGGCCAUACGCCGUCGCCCGCGGCCAAGCCGGCGGGACCUUCGCCGACGCCCAGACAUGCCUCUCUGCUCCCUUUGCCAACCGGCUGGGCGUGCGGUUCUACCCCCACGUCAGCGGCACCUUGGGCGACGGGAGGCGGGACAACCGGCCGGCGUACCUGCGGCAGAGUGCGGAGUUCUUUUUGCGGCAGGUGGAGGACAGUGUCGAUAAGGCGAUGGGGCCGGUGGCGAGGGACGUGUCCGGACUGAUCGCGGGGAUCGGCCAGGAGUGCGGUGUUGGGGGGCUGCCGGUGGUGCCUUUGCUGUGCGGCCCGAGCGAGAUCGACCAGGCCAACCUUAUGCGCCUCCUCGCCAGCGAGCUGGCCGCCAGGCUCCCCGACUGCCACAUCGUCGACAUAUCCGACACGGAUGGCGGCCUCUCGGCCCUGCUCAAGCGGCUGCCCUGCGGCACGGACACCCACACCCAUUCCACAGAUGCACACGACGCACACCAAGAUGACCAGCACACCCCUGCUGCCCCUGCUGCCCCCCAGCGCGAGCGCCGCAAGUCGACCGCACGGGCGAGUUUCGUGUCCAAGGGUGCGGAGCUGGCGAGGGAGGAGCAAGCCGAGCGGCGACGCAAGAAGCGCACCCAGGUGGACAGUGAGGAUGAGGAGGGGGAGGGGGAGGCCAUCGCGGACCUCAUCGACGACAAUGGCGAGUCGCGGCUGGCCAACUGGUACCGCGAGGAGGCCGACAAGAAGGGCCGGCGGUUCUCCAUUGUCGUGGUGGCGCGCGACGUGGCGGCCAUAUCGAUGUCGCUGCUCAAGUCCAUCGGCUCCGUGCGGCAGGAGCAUGGCAUCUCCCUGUUCGUCGUCUUUGGUGUUGGGGCGGGGUGUCUGGAAUUGCACAUCCCACCCAUGUGCUGCGAGAUGGAGGCCGCCGGCCUCCCCAUCUGUGUCCACCCCUACCAGCUGCUCGACGUGGCCGAGCUCAUCAGAACCAGCGUCCUCCCCGCCCUCGUGCUGGGCCCCUCCCUUCUCCCCUUCCCCCUCUCACCGCACCACGUGACCGAGAUCCGACAGGACAUCGAGAUGGGCAGCAUCACCCUGUGGCAGUUUUGUCGGCGGGUCUGCCACCUAAUUGUGGAGUUCUAUCAGUCCCCAUCCUCGGCGGUCGUGCGGCCCGAGGGGGGCGACGACACGACGGCCGAUGACACAGCUGGCGAAGGGGAGGGGUGGGACACCUGGGGAGCCGGCCCGGAGGAGAUGGCCAAGAAGAAAAUAGCGGCAUUCCCUGCACCCCCCCAGUCAGCGGCAGCAGCAGCAGCUGCUGCGGCGCCCGCCAGUGCGGCCUUGAGCACCGGUCCGUCGUUCCCGGGCGAUGCGGGUAAGGCCUUCGAUGCGACGCGGUCUGUGGUGGCCUUCUACGAGGGUGCGGCCAAGCGGCUGGCGAAGCAGCAGGUGGCGCAUCUGCAGGGGCUGGCGGCUGCCGCCUUGAGUAGGAUGAAUCGGAAUCACGUCAAGGGGCUGCCUGAGGGAAGGGAGGCCGCCCGGGGGUACUACACCAGGCUGCUCAAGGCCAUCAAGGACAAUGCCAUCAAGGACAAUGCAGGUGUGUGGAUCUUCUGCGGCAGACAGACAGACAGACAAUGCAUCUCAUCGGCUGUGCGUGUGGUUUUCUGUACUCUCCGUUGCUGUCAGAUGACGGUUCCGUAGCGAGACUGAUGGCGUGGCUGAGGAGUGCCCGAGAACGUCACGUGCUCGGCCUCAAGCUGUACCACCUGGCGGCGGUCGCCUUCAGCAACCAGGGCGUCAGCACGUCAGACGGCGCCUCACACCUCGACCUCGACAGACAGGAGGUCACCGGCAUAAUGGCCGCCACCGCCCCACGACAGCCUGACGAGCCCCAGCAACCGACAGGUGCGCUGCACACACUCACGGAUCCAGACAGACAGACAGGCAGACAGACGUGGCGGUGUUUGUAUCUGUCUGUGUCUGUGUCUGCAGGCAUGAGCCCCAUCCUCCCCCACGCCCCCAUCCGCAGCCCCAUCGCGGACCUCUCGCAUCAUGUGGACACCAACAUGACCCGCAGCUUCAUCACCGCCGGCACGCAGAAGGGCAGCAGAGUGCCAAGUUUCCUUGACCAGGCCCGCCGGCUGCUGCGCCGAGAGAUGCCCGCCCUCACGCAGAGGCAGAGGGACGCCCGAGGGAUGCAACAGCAAGGAGGAGUGGGAGGGGUGGCGGACAAGGACGAGGCCGUCGUGGUCGAGUCGAUUCAGUGGCUGAUCGAGCUGCUCGAAGCCCUGCGUGGCGCCUACGCAUUAGGCAAGGGCGGGGCUUCGAGCAGUGGGGCCAGGCAGGGCGACAGCAAGGCGUCGCUGCCCGCCGGCCUGCGGCAGCACCAGCAGGCGGUGCGGGCGUACGUCGACAGCAAGAAGCUCAGCAACUUCGAGCAGCGGAUCAAGGCCGCCCAGGCCAAGGUGGCCGCCAAUCGGCCGUCGGGGCCAGACCGUGAUGCCCAGCUGCGCGAGUACGUGGCCUUCUGGCUGCACGAGACGCUCCUGGCCCUGCUCUCGCCCUUGGUGUGGGCGCGCCCCCUGUGCGACCGAUUUCCUCUCCACUCGGGCGCCAGCCAUGGUCUCGACGCGCACCAGCCCGCCGUCAGCACCCAGAUAGCCAUGGCGCAGGUGGCCAAGGGGCGGCAAAUGCGGCUGCCCGACCUGACCGUCAUGUACCGCCUGUACGAGAAGAACCCGGGUCUCAACAUGCAGCUGCAGGACUGGUUCGUCGCCUUUGCUGAGACCAUCGUGCAGCACGAGACUCCGCUGAGCCUGAGCCUGGUCUCCCUGCAGGCGCGGUUCGCCGUGUGUGUGGUGUCGCUCUCCCGCAUGGGCGUUGUGAGCAUGCCGGCCCACCACCUGGCGAGGGCCGCUGGGUGUCGUGGUUUGGACGACGAGGAGGACGGUGAGGAGGAUAAGGGUGGUGUGGCGACCAAGCUGCCCAAGAUGCUAUUCGGCAAGGUGUGGUACACUGAUGAGAUGGAGAAGCAGGACAAGAACGACAAGAUGCAACAGAAGCGACGCGCCUCCAUGGUGGGCGAGCCGAGCCAGUCCCAGCAGACAGACAGACAGACAGGCGGAUGCCGGCCAUUCAUUACCCAUCGUCAACCUCCCUCUCCCUCUCUCUGUGCGUGUGUGUGUGUGUCUGUUGCCAGCCGGCUUACCUCCCUGCGGCCGCUGCAGCGGGCCUCUUCGGUGGCGGCCCGCCACGGAGACGCAACCGGGCAAGUCAGAUCAGGGCCAACCAGACCAGCAAUGACAACAAAGACGACAACGGCGAGCCCAGGACUCCCGAUCGCCCAGCGCCGCCGGACCGGGCUUCCCAGGACGGCCCCCACAGCCCCAGCCCCCACAGAAACCGAAACCUGAGCAUUGCCAGGCACCAGAAUUCGCAGCUCAAGAGCCGGAUGUCUUUCAGACUCGAGAGGCUCGAGUCCAACCACCGAUUCCGCUUUGACGAUGAUCGCAUGGAGACGCCGCCCCAUUCCCCGCCGCGGCCCAAGGGCCAAGCCAAGCCGAAAGGUCGGCCGAAAGCGAAAGCCAAGCCAAAGGGUCGGCCGAAAGCGAAAGGGAAGGCGAGAGGCAGGAGUGGGGCCAAGGAGGUGGCGGCACGGAGAGGGGGGAGUGGGCGGGGGGCUGGUGCAUCGGGUGGUGGGCCUGGCGAGGAUCGCCGCCGGGAGGAGCAAGAUGAGCCCGCGGACGUUGACGUCUGCCCGAGCCCGCAACCCUCCCGCAAGGGCCCCAAGAGCCCUCCGCGUGACGAUGCCGGACAGCAGCAGAAGGCCAAGGACCACUCGGCCAGAUCCAGCGAUGAGCCCUUGGGGGGCAACCGCGGCCGACUCAAGCGACGCAAGACACAGAAACUUGUUGGCCCGUCUGUUCCCCUGGCGUCCCAGCCGGCGCCCGUCGCCAUGCCGCCUGUGGGCCCACAGCCAGGCGAGGACGACGGUGACAUGUUCGCCAUCGAAGAGGAGGAGGAGCAGCGCCGCCCUCCAGCCGCUGCCCGCCGCAGCAGCAAGCCACCGUCGGGACACCGAUCCGACGACAUGGUGCCCGCUCCGGCUCUCAAUCGCGAGCGUCGCCGUAGCAUCGCCCCUGGCCGCCAGGUACAGUCUCGUGCUGAAGACUUCGGCCCUCUGGACGGCCUUGACCUCUUUCAGAUGGGAGAGGACGACGAGGCACCACCAAAGCCACCCAGGGCGUCCCCUGCAGCUGCUGCAGCUGCGGCACCAGCAUACCGUCGACAGAAUGACCGGACAGCAGCAGCAGCAGCAGCAGGUGGUGGGAUGGGGGAGGCCGCUGGUGCGUCUAGGAUCGGUGCGUGGCCUGUCGACGGAGGUGGCGGUGGUUGUGGCGGUGGUGGUGAGGAGGAGGCUGUGUUUGAGGCUGUGUCGCUGGAUUGUGUGGGUGCCAACAUCUACAGCAAGGACAGGCUUAGCUGCAAGCAGUCGAGGGCGCUGGCGUCGGGCAACGUGGGGGCGCUGGACCGCAUUGCUGCGGGGACGGGAAGGGGAGGUGCGGCAGAUAGCGGGAGGGGGUUGGCGGACAUGGUCAUAGCUAUGCAGGAGGGCGAAGGGGCAGCCGGUGGGAAUGUCGGCAAGGGCGGCCGCGGGUAUGGGCCGGGCAUCAAGAACAGGGUGAGUCAGACAGUGGGUGCGGGGCGGGGUGGAUAAUGGACGGCUGGUCUGUCUGUCUGUCUGUCUGUUGUGUGUGUGUGUGUGUAUGUGUUUCUGGAUGCAGUGGGACCACUGGCGACAUCUGCUGCUGUCGGGCUUCUCGCUGUGCUUCUACGGCUUCGGCUCCAAGAAGAAGCUACUCAGAGAGUUCGUCCAACAGGGUCUCGCGUGAGCGUCCAUCCUUUACCAUUUGCACAUCUACCGACACACCUAACCUACACACACAUGAGUCCCAUCCCUGUCUGUCUGUCUUCAUUCACUGUCACUCCAUCCAUCCAUCCAUCAGGCCGCGUGAGGGCAACUGCUUCGUCGAGGUCUGCGGCUACGACAGCCGUCUGCUGGUCUCCCCGGCCGCCACCUCCCCCGAGCCCCUGCGAGCACCGCUCGAGAGGAUGCUGCGCGACUCGGCGCAGCGGACCUUCAUCAUCCCCCAGCCAGAGGAGGAGACGUCAGAGGGGCGGAGGGACGAGGUGAGGGAGGCCCAUCGGGUGCUGCAGAGGCACCACACCAAUCUGACACACUCUCACCACACAUCCAAUAAUGCUGACGACAUGGCGACGGUAGUAGAGGUACGUAGGUGGGUCAGGUCAGGAGGGGAGAGAGAGGAGGUCAAAGUGGCGAGCAGUGAGUGCUUUCUUUGGUGGGCUGUGUUUGAUGGUGACACAUGUGGCUGUGUGUGGUGGGGUGCGUGUGGCGAUUGAUUGGUAUAUUCAGGAGUUCCUGUGCUGUGUGCGGGGGUCUCGGCAGCCGACGGUGCUGCUGGUGCACGGCCUCGACAGCACGCCACUGACCGACCCACAGACGCGCCAAUACCUCACCCAACUCGCCAAAGAGCCAAAAGUAGGUACCAACCGACGCCCGCGUCUCGACACUGACCGACCCUCACCCUGCUGCAACACAUACAUACAUGUGUCUGUCUGCCUGUCUGUGUGUCUUGUCUGUGCAGCUGUUGUUUGUAGCAUCUGUCGACAGGGUGGACUUCCCCUUUCUGUUCGCGCCGUCUGACCUGCAGGCCUACAACUUCUACUACACACAAGCACACACCGGCCUACAAUACCUGUGAGUGAGCAACAUGACCAACACAACGAACGCAUCCCAUCCCAUCCCAUCCAAUGAAUGCAAUGCAACCUAUACCUCCUCGAGUGGUUGGUUCUAUUUAUUGAUUGAUCAGGUGUGAGGUGGCGGGGUCUCUGGGCGAUACCGAGCCCAGCUGGUGGAGGAAGAUGCGGCCGGUGCAAAGGAAGAAGGCCAGGGCGGUCCGCCUCUCUGCCCCAGCCAAGGGCCAGGGUGGUGGGCGCCGGAGGGCUUCUCGCAACAGUGACAAUGACCAUGGCAACGACGGGCAGGGUGUAGAUAUGGACAUAGACGACUGACUGACUGACUGACUGACCUGCCUGCUUACGCGCUCAUUCCUUCACCAUUCAUGUCAUGUGCUGUGCUGGGGUGUGGUGCUGUGGUGCGGUGUGCAUUCACUGCGUGUGCACACUGUGUGUGAAGAUCGAUCGACAUGUCGGAUGAGUAGACUUUGUUUGGGGUGUGGUGUGUUGUGUUGUUC